AUGGUCGAGAGCAGCUCCUUCAACCUCCUUAAUGUCUCUUCUGUGGUUGCUACCCUUCAGUGGGUGCAGGCAGUCUCUCAUCCUUCCUUGAUCGCACUUCUGCGCCUGUCACUUCAGCUUUCGAGCUUUUUGUUGACGAUUUUUUCUUUCUUUCAUUAUUCACUCGAAAGCUGGACAACAUUCUACGUUAAAUUGAGAGAUUCAAAAGUCCUGAUGGAUAAACAAAGUGACAAUUCCUCUAAACCGGCACCAAUUAUAAGCCAUGAAGAAAUCCAUGCAAACGUUCCCAGUGUUUCUCAAAAUAUUAGCGACCAGGAUUAUGCGUAUUACAAGAAAAAUGCUAACCAACCAGACGUUGACACAUCAUCAGCUAACGUUGUCAUGAAAGAUAAAAAACAAAAACCCAAAAAACCCAAAGAUUUUGUUAUUUUCUCCUGUUUUGUUAUUCUUGGCGCUAAUUUUAUUUUCGGAUUUCUCGGUUUUUACUUUGGACAAAAAUCCAGCUAUGCUUGGCAACUUGGAGAUGUGGAUACUGCCAAGAAACAGUCGCGAAGAGCAUUGAUCUUCAAUGUGAUCGGCAUCGUUAUUGGCGUUCUCACUUACAUUCUUGCAAUUGUUCUCUUCUUCACUGUAUUUAAAGGUGAGGUGCCAUUAGUUAAGCAUCAUGCUGUUGGCUGA